UCUCUGCAGAUUUGAUCCUAUGAUCCGUGAUUGGAGUAUUGUCUGCUGGCUGCAGACGUGUUGCAUGUUGGCAUCGUGAUGUAUCACCAGCCUGUGCUGAAGAACAGGCGCACUCUCCUCGAGAGAGCAGAGAAAUUCACCUCUGAUAUUUAUUUCACAGACUGCAACCUGAGAGGACGACUCUAUGGAGACUCUUGCCCGCUGGAGUCCCUCGCCUCCUUCUUGUCCUCUAAACGGAUCACAUUCACAGAGGCCUCCGGGCAGACCUUUGCACCCUAUAAAGUGGGUGAUACCUUUGGACCCACGUGGUGGACCUGCUGGUUUAAAGUGACCCUGAACAUCCCCGAGUCCUGGAGAGGGAAAGAGGUUCAUCUUCACUGGGAAAGUGAUGGAGAGGCGAUGGUUUGGAGAGAUGAGCAGCCAGUUCAGGGCCUGACUAAAGAGGGUGAAAAGACGAGUUACAUCCUGUCUGACUGUCUGAAAGAUGAGGAGCCGCACAGUGUCACUCUUUACGUGGAAAUGGCCUGUAAUGGGCUUUUUGGAGCUGGUGGAGGGUCCAUGAUCGCAGCCCCUGAUCCAAACAGGAAGUUUUCUGUCCAGAAGGCUGAGCUGGUGGUAUUUAACCGUGAUGUACGGGAGCUGCUGACUGAUUUUGAGAUGCUGAUCGACAUCGUCAAGGAACUGGGAGAGGGAGAGCAACGAGGCUACCAGGCGCUCUUCGCCGUCAAUGAGAUGGUGAACCUCUGCGACCCCUCUGAUCCCAGGUCUUUCUCCGGAGCUCGCAGUCUGGCUCGCACCUUCUUCAGCCAGCGGAACGGGGAAAGCCAGCACACUGCUCAUGCCAUGGGUCACUGCCACAUAGACUCAGCUUGGCUGUGGCCCUACGAAGAGACCAUUCGCAAAUGUGGCCGAAGCUGGGUGACAGUGAUCCGUCUAAUGGAGAAGAACCCAGAGUUUGUUUUUACCUGCUCUCAGGCCCAGCAGUUCCAGUGGGUAAAGAGCUGGUACCCGGGACUCUUCUCCCAGAUUCAGCAUUACGUUAAGAAAGGCCAGUUCAUUCCAGUCGGGGGAACGUGGGUGGAAAUGGAUGGCAAUCUGCCUUCAGGUGAGUCCAUGGUGCGGCAGUUCCUGGAAGGCCAACGCUUCUUUAACCGCGAGUUUGGGAUCCAUUGCAAAGAGUUCUGGCUUCCAGAUACGUUCGGCUACUCUGCCCAACUUCCCCAAAUAAUGCAGGGAUCGGGCAUUUCCAAUUUCUUGACACAGAAGCUGAGCUGGAACCUGGUCAACACCUUUCCUCACAACACAUUUUUCUGGGAAGGUCUGGAUGGCACCAAGGUUUUAACCCACUUCCCACCAGGAAAUUCCUAUGAAAUGAAGGGCAAGGUUGAAGAACUGGUGAAAUCAGUGAAGAAUAACAAGGACAAAGGCAGAGCGAACCACAGUGCAGUGUUGUUUGGUUUCGGCGAUGGCGGCGGCGGACCCACACAGCUGAUGCUGGACAGACUGCACCGGGUCCAGGACACAGAUGGACUUCCCAAAGUCCAGACAUCCAGUCCCGACCAGCUCUUCUCCCAGCUUCAGGCUGACUCAGCUCUGCUUUGUACCUGGACCGGAGAGCUCUUCCUUGAGCUGCACAACGGCAGCUACACGACACAGGCUCAGAUUAAACGAGGGAACCGGCAGUGUGAGGCGCUGCUUCAUGACAUUGAGAUCGCUGGCAGCUUGGCGCUGUGUCGGAACAAGACUUUUCAGUAUCCUGUGGAAAAGCUGCAGCAGCUCUGGAGGCUGCUGCUUCUAAACCAGUUCCAUGACGUGAUCCCCGGCAGCUGUAUAGAGAUGGUUGUGGAGGAUGCACUCCGAUACUAUGAAGAUAUCCGCAGUGAUGGUGCUGCACUGCUGCGUGAUGCCUGUGGGGCUUUGGGGCCAAAAGGCAACUCCACUGGCGUGUUCAACUCCCUGCCAUGGGAGCGCCAUGAAGUCAUCCAGAUUCAAGAUGGAGCUGGUAAACCUGGUCUGGCUCUGGUGAAGGCUCCCAGCAUCGGUUUGUCCCACGUCAAAGACAUACAGCCAGCGGCUCCAGUCUCUGUCACUGUUCAAGCCGACGGCACUGUCCUCAUGGAGAACGGGAUUUUACAGGCUGUCGUAAACAAAGAUGGCACAUUGGCGUCACUGCAUUUGAUCAAUGCCAACAGAGAGGCCAUCUCUGACAGCUGUCAUGGGAACCAGUUUGUCAUGUUUGAUGAUGUCCCUCUGUACUGGGACGCCUGGGAUGUAAUGGACUACCAUCUGCAGACAAGGAAACCGGUUCUGGAGGUGGUGCAGCCUCUUCGCGUGGAGUCCUCAGGUGGGCUCCGAGGCAGCGUCAGCUUCACCCUCAGGAUCAGUGAUAAGAGCACCAUCACACAGGAGAUCGUCAUGGACGCCAUGUGUCCUUACAUCAAAUUCAACACAGAGGUGAAGUGGGCAGAGUCACACAAGUUUCUCAAGGUGGAAUUCCCCGUGCGAGUACACAGCCCUAAUGCUACAUAUGAGAUCCAGUUUGGCCAUCUGCAGAGACCCACACACAGGAACACUUCAUGGGACUGGGCCAGAUUUGAGGUUUGGGGUCACAAAUGGGCCGAUUUGUCGGAGCACAACUUUGGGGUUGCGCUGCUGAAUGACUGCAAAUACGGCUACUCCGUCCACAAGAACACUAUGACGCUGUCCCUACUGAGAGCACCCAAGGCACCAGAUGUCAACGCUGACAUGGGGACGCAUCAUUUCACCUAUGCAAUCAUGCCACACACAGGAUCCUUCCAGGAUGCCUCCGUCAUCCAGUGUGCCUACAACCUCAACUUCCCUCUGAGGUCAAUCCAGUGCGCUCCCGACACUGAGCCCUGGAGUGCUUUUUCCGUCAGCACUGCAGCCGUCAUCCUUGAGACCAUUAAACAGGCUGAGGACAGGAAGGGGGCACUGGUAGUCCGGCUCUAUGAGUCACAUGGGAGCAGCGUGACCGCAACUCUCUGCACCUCCCUUCCGGUCAGGGAAGCCUGGCAUUGUGAUCUCUUGGAGAGACGAGACUCCGACCAGCCGGCAACCAUUACGUCAGAGGGAAUUACUCUGAACUUCAGACCCUUUCAGAUUGUGUCGCUUCUCCUCAUCUUGUAAAAGAAGCAGCUUUUUACCAAAACUCAGGGUAGUCACAAAUUCUAAAUGCUAUAAAAUAAGGCUACAACGUGGGGACGAAUGAUUAAUUGGUCAAUUAUUUUCUCAAUUAAUCGAUUAGUUGUUUGGUCUAUAAAAUAUCAGAAAAUAGUGAAAAAUGUCAAUCAGUGUUUCCCAAAGCCCAAGAUGACGUCCUCAAAUGUCUUGUUUUGUCCACAAUUCAAAGAUAUUCAGUUUACUGUCACAUAGGAGAAAAGAAACCAGAAGCUGAAUCAGAGAAUUUUGACUUUUUCAUUCUUAAAUUACUUAAACCGAUUAAUCGAUUAUCAAAAUAGUUGGCGAUUAAUUUAAUAGUUGACAACUAAUCGAUCAAUCGUUGAAGCUCUACAAAAAAAUGGAUCAUCUGGUGCUGCAGUUUAUCAGGAGACUUCAAAUGGAGGACAUCUUUUUGAGCUACUCAUGGAUGACAAUCUGACAAAAAUAACGUGAUUACUUUUACAUCAAAUCACAAAAAAUGUUUCAGAUCUUUUGUAGAAACAUGUUUUAUUAAAAACUAUUUAAAAAUAUAAAAA